CUUUUCUUUUGCACGAUCAAGGGAGAAAGCAAGCCCGCGGCUGGUUUCGGACUCCAAGCGGCGCGCAGUUCGCGCCGGGCGGGUCGGCCCUGAGCCCACGAAGGGCUCCUCGCUCCUGCCAGUCUCCACCAAACCACCGCCAAGGGGCAACUGGAGCUAAGCAGCGACAGGUUGUUAGCAACAUGAGUACAGGGUCUGGAUCUUACCUGUUCAGGAAUGUUUUCCCAGCACCCAGUGCCUGGCAUAUAGUUUAAAUGUUUAUUUGGCUUCUUGGCUACUGAUUGGAGAACACAAAAUGAAUAACUCAACAAACUCCUCUAAUAAUGGCCAGGCUCCUACCAGUCCUUAUAAGACAUUUGAAGUGGUGUUUAUUGUCCUGGUGGCUGGAUCCCUCAGUUUGGUGACCAUUAUUGGGAACAUCUUGGUCAUGGUUUCCAUUAAAGUUAACCGCCACCUCCAGACUGUCAACAAUUACUUUUUGUUCAGCUUGGCCUGUGCUGACCUGAUCAUAGGUGUUUUCUCCAUGAACUUGUACACCCUGUACACUGUGAUUGGCUACUGGCCUUUGGGACCUGUAGUGUGUGACCUUUGGCUAGCCUUGGACUAUGUGGUCAGCAAUGCUUCCGUUAUGAAUCUGCUCAUCAUCAGCUUUGACAGGUACUUUUGUGUCACAAAACCUCUGACCUAUCCAGUCAAGAGGACCACGAAAAUGGCAGGUAUGAUGAUUGCAGCUGCCUGGGUUCUCUCCUUUAUCCUUUGGGCUCCAGCCAUUCUCUUCUGGCAGUUCAUUGUAGGGGUGAGAACUGUGGAGGAUGGGGAAUGCUACAUUCAGUUUUUUUCCAAUGCUGCUGUCACUUUUGGUACUGCCAUUGCCGCCUUCUAUUUACCAGUGAUCAUCAUGACUGUGCUGUAUUGGCACAUAUCCCGAGCCAGUAAGAGCAGAAUAAAGAAGGACAAGAAGGAGCCUGUGGCCAAUCAAGAUCCAGUUUCUCCAAGUCUGGUGCAAGGAAGAAUAGUUAAGCCCAACAACAACAACAUGCCCAGCAGUGAUGAUGGUCUGGAGCAUAACAAGAUCCAAAAUGGCAAAGCCCCCCGAGAUGCUGUGACUGAAAACUGUGUCCAGGGGGAGGAGAAGGAGAGCUCCAAUGACUCCACUUCCGUCAGUGCUGUUGCCUCUAACAUGAGAGAUGAUGAGAUCACUCAGGAUGAAAACACAGUGUCCACUUCUCUGGGCCAUUCCAAAGAUGAGAACUCUAAGCAAACAUGCAUCAAAAUUGUCACCAAGACCCAAAAAGGUGACUCAUGUGCCCCAACUAAUACCACCGUGGAAGUAGUUGGGUCUUCAGGUCAGAAUGGAGAUGAAAAACAGAACAUUGUAGCCCGCAAAAUUGUGAAGAUGACUAAGCAGCCUGCAAAAAAGAAGCCUCCUCCCUCUCGGGAAAAGAAAGUCACCAGGACAAUUUUGGCUAUUUUGCUGGCUUUCAUCAUCACAUGGGCCCCGUACAAUGUCAUGGUGCUCAUUAACACGUUCUGUGCUCCCUGCAUCCCCAACACUGUGUGGACAAUUGGUUACUGGCUCUGUUACAUCAACAGUACUAUCAACCCUGCCUGCUACGCACUGUGUAAUGCCACCUUCAAGAAGACCUUUAAACAUCUUCUCAUGUGUCAUUAUAAGAACAUAGGCGCUACAAGGUAAAACAUCUUUGAAAAGAAGGAAGGUGGGCAAGGGGAGCUUGGGAAGAAUAAAAGGGACAAAGAAAAGCUCCUAGUUUUAAAAUUUCUGCCAUUGCACUUUAUAGUCUAAUUAUGGAACAUGCAAUCCAGGAGCCCAGCAACGACACUUAUCUUGCCUAUGUUGCAGUAUGUGAAACUCGCACCUUAUAAGCUGUCAGUUUUGGAGGCAAAGAGACAGUGAAAGAGACCUCCUGGAAUUGUGAAUUUAAGAAACAAUCUAUGCUUUUCCUAUAUUAUCUUGAAGAAGGGCUUCUGAAUCUACAAUUUUAUCAGCCUCUGCACAAGAAGAAUAAACUCAUUCCUUUCUUUGUUUUUUGUUGUUGUUCUCAUGUGUCCAUAUGAGAACAAAAUGCCACAGUUACAAGCUAACAUGGAGAUGUAAACAUAAAGAAAUAGACACUAUACAAUGGGGAGAUGAAGAAAGGAAAUCAAAAAAGAAUGCAGAGUGUUAAGCAUAUUUGAUUCAUUUGUUAUGGUCUUAUUUGGAGGAUUGCAAUGUAAUAAAUGUUUAGUUUUUUUCACCUUUCCUUUUCACACUAUAAAAAGAAAACAAACAAAAAUACCCAACCUGGUCCCACCAUUUUUUCCUUAUUAUGGCAUUAUUUUAGUACUUUCCUGUUCUACAUUGUUAUAGGCAAAAACUGCAGGACUUUGACUCUAUCCAGUCAGACUGCAAUGGAAAUGGGCACUUCCCCUUUCUGGCUGUGUCCUUUGUGCUCCUUGGGAGUAUGAGGCCUAUAAAGAUUUAGUACACUUAUGAUCCAUUAUAUAAAAAGUUGUAACCAAUCUGAUUUUCUCCCAAAUAGCCUUUUACUUUAACAGAAAAGCCUACAUGAAACACAAACAUGCUUGAGAAACCAAAGUCAUUGUGAAAUUGAGGCUUCAUCAAAUUAAAUAAUGGUCAACCUAGCUGAAGAAAGUUCACUAAGGACAGAUGAAUUUUGAGAUGAAAAAAUAGAUGUUUGAGGGGUACUGUGUUUCCACCCAAGCCUGUCUGACACACAUAUGAAAUGCUAACUUGUAAAACAGGAAUUCUUGACUUUGUUAACAGGAAGGGGAUGCUGCUUUAUUGACUCGGAAUCCUAAGCAGGAUUAACAUAGUCACCUGUCACCAGUGCCUUCUGGGUCAGUCCCAGGAGAUCAAGACCUUCUAUCCAAUGCUUGCUAAAGGAUAGUAUUUAAAUUAUAACCAAGUGAGGCUUUCUAGAACUCUCUUAUGACCCAGUGAAAGGAGAAAAAUAAGAUAAUUCAGAAAUAUUUACUAAAACUACAUGUUCCAUAUUCCUCGAAUGGUCAAUUCUCCCUAACAUUAUUUGACUUUGGUAUUCUCUUCUUAAUAGAAUUAUAGUAAUCUUAGUGACAGAAAUAUAGUGGAUAACUAAACAGGGCCAAAUGAGCUCACAGAAUCUGACAGAAGAGUGUAGGUGUCUGUCCCUAUGUCACUUCUCACCAUCUAAUUUUAGACUAUAACAAAAUCACAUCAGAGACUAUUAUCUAAAUUAUGGUCCCAUAUAGAAUCUUGUCCAUGUAGAGACUUGGUAAAAAAAUAAUCUAAAUACGUGUAGGAUUAUACUGAUUCACAUUUGUAUUCCACUUAUUUUUUUCUUACACUAUUUGCUAUCAUCUUCUAAUCAGGUGUUCUAAAGAUGGUCCAAUCAAAAAAUCAGAUUUAUAAAUGGCUUUUCAAAUUUCAUAUCUUAAAUUAAUGGGGUACUUGAUAUCUUGUCUAGUAAUAUUGAUGAGAGUUAAUGAUGAGUCCAUCAGUAUUAGACCUUGGCACUUAUUAGCAUUAUUUUGUAUGACUUGCUUCAUUGGUGACAUCUCAACAAUUUGGAGAGUUAAAAAAAAACAAAAGCACAAAUAAAACAGCCACAAAAAUGUUGUAAGUUAUUAAUAAGAAAAUUUCCAACAAUACUUGUACUUAACUUAUCCUCUAUAAAAAUAUUUUCUUAAGUAGUAUCAGUCAUUUCCCCCUCCCAAAAUUUUCCAUGUAUAAACUGACAGCAUACAUUUAUAUAAACCCCUUUACAGUUAUUUUAAAUUUUUUCAUUUUAAAUUCAUAUUUAUUUUUAUAUUGUUUCUUCAAAUCAAUGAAUCAAGUAAGUGGGAAUGACAUCAAAUCAAUGGGUGACUUAGUUUCAGGAUUCAGGGUCUUUUUUUGUUUGCUCUAACAAUCCAGCUCACCAUGCGUCAAGCUGUACUGAUUUUCCUUUGCCAUUGUCUCAUCCCUUUCUUCUCUUCGUUCUUGACCUUCACCACAGCCACCACCACCUUAUUGAAAGAGACACUGUUAAGUUAAAGAAAGGAAUGAAAGACACACUGACACACAUAGAAACCUCGUCAAAC